AUGGAACGGAUAGACAAAAAGCUAAAGUGCGGCGAGGAAGACCGCCAGGAAUUGGAGAAUGAAUUUCGACAUAACAAGAGUGAAUACCUAGAUAACUACUUUGUCCUGGCAAGGGCCACUGAAGAGAAGCUACAACAGAUGGCGGACAAAAUGGAUACAACAGCUAAGGAGCGAGAGAAACAUACCAAAAAAGUUAUGGAGGAGAUAAAAGACGAGAAUGAACACAAUGAGCAGGGACCAUGCAGAACGUUAUUGUGCAAUACAAUCGAAGUUGGAUGCACUUUUGAGAAACUCUAUUGCUCAGGAGAAAACAGUAAAGCAGAUAAAGCAGAAGAGCAACCUGGAACAAGGGUCGAUUUUGUGGAACCGCAACGCAAGAAACAUCAGUCUACCUCAUUACCCCGGAUCAACAACAGCAUAGCGUCAGGGAUGACCAAACCAGUUACGAGAGGGGAAUCCUCAAACACGACAAGGAUAUCAAGGGAUUCAAGUGCACACACGAGUAUAACACCUGAUGCCAUGACAUGGGCAAGUACUUGGGAAAAGAUGAACAGGACACUUGAAGCGUUAGCCACAAGAAAUACGGACUCAACUUACAGAGGAGGAGGUAAAUCCAGAAAGACCUUCAGUAAACCGAAAGAAUUCAAAGACGGUUUAGAUGGUUUCAUAGAUACCUGGGUUGAGGUAAUGAGACUGCAUCUUGAGCAAGACAUUCUCAAUGAUGAAAGACAUGCUUGCACAGCAAUAUUAAGCAACCUGGAGACACUAAAUGGCGUGGUAGCCAAAAAGGAAGAGGAACGUGAUACUGCAGACAAAGCUUUCGAAAUACUGUUGAAUCAAUUCGGAUCAGCAAUGAAGCGACAUCAAGCAAUGAUGAGAUUUGAGAAAAAGAGACACAGAGACGAUGAAUCAAUUGAUCGAUUUCUGGAUGAUCUUAAGAGCAUGAGAAGAACAAAGAAAAUAGAGUUCUCCCCCAUAGGUAAUGGGCACGAAAACACCAACAAUGCGCCAGAAACAAUAAAAUACGACUCACAAACGAAGAGAUCACCGUUCACAAAGAAAUUGGCGGCAAUGGUUGGAAAGAAACUGAGAGAAAAAGAGGAGGAGAAGGAGCAAGUCACAGAAGGAACAACGGGUCACCAAAAUGAGCGAGCGACAGAGUCAAAAGUAUCUUUAGUUGAGCUGGGUGACUUGAUGACAAGAAUGGAACGGAUAGACAAAAAGCUAAAGUGCGGCGAGGAAGACCGCCAGGAAUUGGAGAAUGAAUUUCGACAUAACAAGAGUGAAUACCUAGAUAACUACUUUGUCCUGGCAAGGGCCACUGAAGAGAAGCUACAACAGAUGGCGGACAAAAUGGAUACAACAGCUAAGGAGCGAGAGAAACAUAUCAAAAAAGUUAUGGAGGAGAUAAAAGACGAGAAUGAACACAAUGAGCAGGGACCUUGCAGAACGUUAUUGUGCAAUACAAUCGAAGUUGGAUGCACUUUUGAGAAACUCUAUUGCUCAGGAGAAAACAGUAAAGCAGAUAAAGCAGAAGAGCAACCUGGAACAAGGGUCGAUUUUGUGGAACCGCAACGCAAGAAACAUCAGUCUACCUCAUUACCCCGGAUCAACAACAGCAUAGCGUCAGGGAUGACCAAACCAGUUACGAGAGGGGAAUCCUCAAACACGACAAGGAUAUCAAGGGAUUCAAGUGCACACACGAGUAUAACACCUGAUGCCAUGACAUGGGCAAGUACUUGGGAAAAGAUGAACAGGACACUUGAAGCGUUAGCCACAAGAAAUACGGACUCAACUUAUAGAGGAGGAGGUAAAUCCAGAAAGACCUUCAGUAAACCGAAAGAAUUCAAAGACGGUUUAGAUGGUUGCAUAGAUACCUGGGUUGAGGUAAUGAGACUGCAUUUUGAGCAAGACAUUCUCAAUGAUGAAAGACAUGCUUGCACAGCAAUAUUAAGCAACCUGGAGACACUAAAUGGCGUGGUAGCCAAAAAGGAAGAGGAACGUGAUACUGCAGAAAAAGUUUUCGAAAUACUGUUGAAUCAAUUCGGAUCAGCAAUGAAGCGACAUCAAGCAAUGAUGAGAUUUGAGAAAAAGAGACACAGAGACGAUGAAUCAAUUGAUCGAUUUCUCGAUGAUCUUAAGAGCUUGAGAAGAAGGAGCGGUCCAGAAGAAUCAUCUAACUGA